UGCGGCACUUCCUGAGCGCAGUUUCCGGUAGCGUGUUGCAGCUGUUGUGUGUCGACCAUGGCGAUGCGGCAGACCCCGUUGACCUGCUCCGGGCACACCCGGCCUGUGGUGGACCUGGCUUUCUCCGGCAUUACCUCAUACGGGUAUUUUCUCAUCAGCGCCUGCAAAGAUGGUAAGCCGAUGCUGCGCCAGGGUGACACUGGGGACUGGAUCGGAACAUUUCUUGGGCAUAAGGGGGCAGUAUGGGGAGCCACCCUGAAUAAGGACGCAACCAAAGCCGCCACAGCAGCCGCAGACUUCACAGCUAAAGUGUGGGAUGCUGUAACGGGCGACGAACUCAUCUCUUUGGCUCAUAAGCACAUUGUGAAGAGUGUGGACUUCACUCAGGACAGUAAUCACCUGCUGACAGGAGGACAAGACAAAUUGCUGCGGAUUUAUGACCUGAACAAACCAGAGGCUGAUCCUGAACAGAUCGGGGGUCACACGUCUGCCAUCAAGAAAGCAUUGUGGUACAACGAUUACAGACAGAUAAUUUCUGCAUCAGAUGACAAGACUGUGCGUUUGUGGGACAGAGCUAGCAUGACAGAGGUGAAGACCCUGAACUUUAACCUGUCAGUCAGCAGCAUGGAGUAUAUUCCAGAAGGAGAGACUCUGCUCAUCACCUAUGGGAGAACGAUUUCUCUGUAUAACUCUUCCAGCUUUGAGCUUAUAAAGUCAUUUGAAGCAACAUCCCCCAUCAACUCUGCUUCUCUCCACCCAGAAAAAGACUGCAUAGUGGCCGGAGGCGAUGACUUCAAACUGUACAAAUAUGACUACACCACAGGAGAGGAGCUUGAAUCCUACAAAGGUCAUUUUGGUCCAAUCCAUUGUGUCCGCUUCAGUCCAGAUGGGGAGCUCUAUGCCAGCGGCUCUGAAGAUGGCACGUUAAGGCUGUGGCAGACUGCAGUGGGGAAGACUUAUGGAUUGUGGAAGUGUGUUUUGCCAGAGGAGCUGGUUUCUGAGAACUCGGACGCCAUCUACAACAUCUCAUCCGAGAUUAAAGCUUGAGCACGCUAGUCUUGUAGUGAUGUCAUGACCCUUUCAGACAUUGAUGAAUGUCCAGAAACAGACACUUCCCGAAGUGAGUCCUCUACGGCGACUGCACAGCUUCUGGGACGAUGGAGCAGGAGGCACCUGGCAGCGCUUGUUGUUGACUGUGACGAGACACCAGUGACAUGUAUAACUGUUGGGAGACAGAUGGGAUUCAUUUUCUGGUGGGAGGGUCUGAGCUCCCGCCUCUGACCACUGUGUUACAUUCUUAUCUGCUUCUCCAUAUUUACGUAAUGUAUUUUCAGUUUUCUGAAUAAACUCUGUACAAAGCUGU